AUGCAUAUUCUUAAUCAUCAAAUAAUCUAUUUCAUAUUAUGCCCAUUAUACAUAUUUUACGACAGCAAAUGUGCAGUUUUAGAUGCUAGUUCAAUUCGAGAUGAAAUUGUGGAAACAUUAUUCGCUAAUUAUCAGAGUCAUGUUCGCCCUGGAGAGCUUAUUCGUAACACAACAGUGGUAACAGUUUAUAUAUCUGUAUCAGCUAUAACGUCUGUGGAUGUACGUAAUAUGGAAUACACUAUUGAUAUGUUACUUCGUCAAGCAUGGUAUGAUCCUAGACUAGCUUGGGAUCAAAUUGAGAAAUUCAAACAUUAUACAAAAAACAUUGUUUCUCCAGUUUUCAAAGAAAAAAUAUGGCUACCAGACUUGUUCUUUCGAAAUGGUAAGGAAGGCCGAUUACAUAAAAUGACUUGUGAGAACUUACUAAUACGCAUACAACCGAAUGGUGAAAUAUUGUACAGUCAGAAGAUCACCAUGCGAAUGGCCUGUCAGAUGGAAUUACGGACAUUCCCUAUGGAUACACAGGAGUGCGACAUGAAUAUUGGAAGUUAUGGAUAUACAUUAGAGCAAGUGAGCUUUGUGUGGAGAAACAUAUCACCUGUCACAUUACCGGAGAAUUUGCAGAUAUCGGAGUUUGACCCACCUGAAGUGGUCAGAGCUUAUGACUGCACAAGCGGAUACUCCACAUCAACUGGACAAUACACAUGUUUAAACGCUACUUUUACGCUACAACGGCAGUUAGGUUACUGGUUGGCAAGUACCUAUAUACCGAAUAUUCUCAUAAUGGUUGUUUCAUGGCUAAACUUUUGGGUUAGUUUAGAGGCGAUUCCAGCCAGAGUAAAUUUAAGUUUGUUAACGUUACUUGGUGUGAUAACUCAGUCGACCAGUUACGCAAGUUCCCUUCCAAGGGUAUCGUAUAUUAAAGCAAUUGAUAUUUGGACAAUAGCAUGCAUAACGUUUAAUUCUGGAGUAUUACUUGAAUUUGCGAUCGCUUCUCAUCUUGCUAGGCGUCAAAAAGUAUCUGAAUGGCAGGUAGAAGUUCGGAAGCUAGUUAGACGUGAACUAGCGAGGUGGUGUUCUGCUUGCCAAUUACAAUAUGCACAAAGGGGACCAUCUGCGCUCUCAGCAUACUCAGCUUCAAGCAGACCAAAUGAGAAAGUUGGUGAAUAUAUCAACUCGGUAGCUGCUGCUGCUUUCGCCAUUCAGAAUAGCCCUGUACUAGAAAGACCAAGUCCUCAAAUGUCUGUUCGCUUAACAAAGUCAGGUUUAAUGUCAAUGGCUAAUAUUAAGUCCGGAAAACCAGAUAAAGUUUCAAAGGGUGUUUUUUACGAAUUAGUUACCAAUGAUUCUGCACUUACAGCUUUAGAUACAACACAAAAGGAUGCCCUUUUACCAACAAAUGAACCACAACGCGUUAAAAAACCAGCGUCAAUGUCGAAAAUAGAUAGUUAUAGUCGAUUCGUUUUUCCAGCAUGCUUUUUACUUUACAAUUGUUUUUAUUGGCUUUAUUAUUUAGUGAUUGUUAAGCAUAAAUAGAAAGAUAAAUAAUGAAUGAAAACUGUUUUCCAUACCUCAUAAAUCAUUCCUUCAUUGUGCUGAUAUUUUGAUGAACAAGAAUUUUUAUGUACUCCUCUAAAUAAACCUUUGCUCAAUUAGAUCUCCAUCGUGUCAACGGAAAGCAGGUAACUUAUAAUUUCAAUUUUUUGCCUUUAAUCAGUAUUACUUGCAUUAAUUAUCCAUAUUUAAUGGGAAGUUGACUUGUUCUGCUAUAUAGUUUGAAACUUCAAUUUCUCAUUGAAUAAGUUUGUUUUAAAUUUUCAGAUGAAUCUUCCUUCAUUUUCGUUAGUAAUAAAAGUAGUAUUAAAUAGUGUACGAUAUUAUUUUCAAAAAUUUACCUGUCGGUACUUCAUAUUGCUUCGUUUAUUGUAGUUUUUUCCUCUUCUAAUAACUAGUUAUAAAAUCUUAAUGGAAAAAGUUAUAGUAACCAUUAUAGAUAUGUUCAGUGACAUUUAUCAAAAUUAAUUUAUUUACAACUAAGUAGUAAAUAGUUUAAAACAAUUUAUGGCCGCUAUAUCAUUAAAAACUUAAUUUUUGUAAUAUUUCCGGAUAUCCCAUAUAUACACACUUAUUGUAUUCCAUUCAUUGCAUUUACUCUAACAUUUUUAGUGUACAUAUUUUAUUCUUGUACCUAAAUGCGAUUUCUAUUCAAUCCUAGUAUAACAUAUUUAAAAAUACAA